AUGGAAACUGCUUGGGCAAACUUUUUAAAUCACAACGCAUCGGCUGAUCGAAUUCCUCCAUUUCACCAAGAGCAACAACAGUCUUCAUCAUUUGGGCAUUGGAAUGACAUCGCUUCGUUGCAUUCCACUAACGCUUGUGACACUACUCCACAUCAGCGAAUUCUACCGAUUUCUAUUUCGCCUGAAGGUGGCCAAGAGACUCUUUCCAACUCUUACACGAGCGAUUACCACAGCGGACGGUCAAGCCAAUUCAACAGCUCUCAUCCAUCCAAUAGCCUCAAUAGUUCGUCGAUUGCUUUGAGCACACUCGGUUUCGAAAAUGGGCAACGACGAGCAUCCGUAGAGCUUUUUCAAGUGAUUCGUCCACCCUAUCCCGACUAUGUGUGCCAUGAUUGUAAAGGAGAGUUUGGACAUCAUUGGCGAAAGGAUUGUCCAAAGCAUCGAGGUCGUAUCAUGCACACGUCGUAUCAAGGAAAUCUUAGAAGUAUUGCUUGGCCUGGUCCGAGUCCACUCAGCGAUGCCAGCUGUGUCACAGGAGUGUGUGGCCAUGCAAGA